AUGGAAAAUAAAAAUAAUAAUAAUAAAACAAUUGAUACGAUCGAUAAAAAUGAAAAUUUAAAAAUCUUGGAUGACGAUAAUAACAAUACUAAUCUUGAUGAUAUUGAAAAAUUUAUGAAUGAAAUUCGACCAUUAUAUCCUCCUCUUAUAACUCCUGAAUUAUUAAUGCCAAAACCUUCUUCUUCCAAUUCUUCGAGAAAACUUUCGAGUGGAAUAAAUUAUAAAAGAAAAAAAGAAUCAAAUGUAAAAUUUCCUAACGCAUUUAUCGCUUAUCGUAUGGAAUUUUGUAGACAAUUAAAAAAUAAAAGAAUGUGUUUAACAAUGCAAGAUGUUUCUUAUUUUGCUAGUAGAUUAUGGAAAAAAGAACCUUGUGAUGUUAAAAAAACUUAUACUCAAUUAGCUAAUGAUGCUAAAUUACUUUAUGAAAAACGUAAAAAAGAACUUUUAUUGAUCAAAGAAAAACAGCAACAAAUAGAAAAUGAAAAUAUAAUGCAACAACAAUUGCAACAACAAUCCAAUUCGAUUAAUAUUUCUUCUUCUUCAAAUUCUUUGGAUUCUUCCCUCUUUCAGGAAAAUACAAAUUUAAUGGAUAUGGGUCAAAUACCUCAAAUUUUUUCAUCAUCAUUAGAAAUGAAUUCAACAUAUAAUAUCCCCGCAACAGAUCCAUGUAAUUUAGUUUUAUUUAAUAAUUUUCUUCCUCCUUUUGAAGAUUUUAAUAUUCAACCUUCAAUUGUUCCACAAAAUUAUUUUUCCCCAGGUUUUUUUCAUUAUAUGAUUUAA